UUCAUUCACUUCCUGUUUCCACUGUUAGUCUGACUUCACUGGUUGGUCCCAGAGUAUCAGAGACUCGUCCUCAGACAGACGCACACAGAUGGCAGAUCCAGGCUCUCAGCCUCCAGCUGAAACUUCCAGUCCUCCCCCAGCCAGAAGCUCUGAUGCUGGGCUGAGAGACUUUGAUCCUUCCCUGGAUCCAGAAGUCCAGGAGGGAGAAGGAGAACAGGACCUCCUUCCUGAUCUGGAGAGGCCUGAGGGAAAGAAAGAUGGAGCAGACAGAGCUUUGAACAAACCUCCUGAGCUUCACCUCCACAAAGGUGUGACAGGUGAAGGACACCGGCGAAUAGGAGGACAGAACCUGAGAGCCAUUAGUCACAUGACUCCAGCUGCUGCCGCCUCACCAACCACUGGCCCCUCGGUGUCUGGUAAAAGGACGAUGCUGCUGUCCAAUGAGGCGAGGAGAGAAGCAGCCAAACAGGCGAGAGCCGUGAAGGAGGAACGGCGGGCAGCUCUGGAUGCCCGACAUAAAUACCUGAUGAGCAGGCUGGCAGACGCCGGCAGCCUGGAGGAGGCGGCGGUGGAAGACGCCAUCGUCUCUGAUGACAGAUUCAGUCUGAUCCAUGAAUUCUUUGCUGCAAACGGAUCCAAGAAGCUGAUUUUCUUCUAUCAGGAUGUCAAACAGAGUCUGUCCUCCCGUCAGUCUUCCUCUGUGGACGCAUCAAACUCAGCUGUGGCUCAGAGGAAACUCUUCCUCACUAUGGGGAACUCUGAGAACGUGGGCCUGAUGUUCCAGAGAGAUAAGCGAGCAUCCGGUGCUGACAAGAAGACACCUGGGAGUGAGACGAGGCACUGUUCUUUUCAAACUGUGUCAAAAGUCGCCAGCAGAUGUUUGUGGUUUUGGAUUGACGUAUGCAUGUAUGGUAUCUGUUUAAUGCAAAAAGGGGGGGUGUUGUAUUACCCCUAAGGGUAUAAAACCUUUGUUCCAUGUAUUGUUAAACGAGAUCAAUGCUGAUUCUGUUCAGUGGUUUGUCUCCCACACGUGUGUUCAUUAAAUCUUCGUUUGACCUUACCUCUUGGACCAGAGUUGUUAUUUUAGACUUCCUCCGGUACUCCUCCUUUAAUAUUCUGAA